GUAAAUAUGACAGUUAGGUUUCUGAACGAAAAUAAAAGCAAUCCAAAAACGAAACUUCAACUUGACGUUCUUUUAGAUUCCUCUUUUUAAAUUGACACAACAAAAUGUCUAAGAGAGGACGUGGAGGUUCCGCGGGAGCAAAGUUCCGCAUCUCACUGGGUCUCCCAGUGGGAGCAGUAAUUAACUGCGCCGACAACACAGGAGCCAAGAACUUGUAUGUCAUUGCCGUGCAAGGUAUCAAGGGUCGUCUCAACAGAUUGCCAGCUGCUGGAUCUGGGGACAUGAUUGUAGCUACCGUCAAGAAGGGUAAACCAGAACUCAGGAAAAAGGUAAUGCCAGCAGUAGUGAUCAGGCAGCGGAAGCCGUUCCGCAGGAGGGACGGGGUGUUCAUAUACUUUGAGGACAACGCGGGCGUGAUAGUGAACAACAAGGGCGAGAUGAAGGGUUCGGCCAUCACCGGCCCCGUGGCCAAGGAGUGCGCAGACUUGUGGCCCCGUAUCGCGUCCAACGCUAGUUCUAUCGCUUGAAUAUACGUUAAGAUCUA